CUGACACACAAAUACACAUACCACAGCACCGGGCUGCCUGUCACACCUGAGCAGGUGAGCUCCCCACGACUGCUCUCCACCAGACACCAUGCCCAUCCAGUCUUCCCUCUCCAGCCAGCGGGCCAAGCACUCAGCAGCCCCCGUCGCCAUGGACACGCAGAACGACGGACGCUCCUUCAAGGAGAUCCGUCAGGACUGCCUCCAGAGGCAGGUCUUGUUCGAGGACCCGGACUUCCCCGCUGACGACUCCGCGCUCUUCUACAGCAAGAGCCCCCCCCUCGCGUUUGAAUGGAAGCGCCCUGGGGAGCUGUGUGAUAACCCCAGGUUCGUGGUGGGCGACGCAAACAGGACUGACAUUUGUCAAGGGCAGCUUGGGGACUGCUGGCUUUUGGCAGCCACCGCCUCCCUGACCCUCCAAAAGAAAAACUUGGCCCGGGUGGUCCCCCGCGACCAGGAAUUUGAUAACAGCUACGCUGGUGUCUUCCACUUCCAGUUCUGGCAGCACAACAAGUGGCUGGACGUGGUGGUGGACGACCGGCUCCCCACCGUCCGCAACAAGCUGGUCAUGCUGCACUCUGCCUCCAACAAUGAGUUCUGGAGCGCUCUGCUGGAGAAGGCCUACGCCAAACUUCAUGGCAGCUACGAGUCUCUGAAGGGCGGCAGCACCAUGGAGGCCAUGGAGGACUUCACCGGCGGUGUGGGCGAAAUGUACGAGACCAAGAGCGCUCCAAAAAAACUCUUCACCAUCAUGAAGAAAGCCCUGGACAGGAGCUCCAUGAUGGGCUGCUCCAUCGACAUCAGCAGCUCCGCCGAAUCAGAGGCCCAGACGUCCAGCGGCCUGGUGAAAGGCCACGCCUACUCCAUCACUGGCCUGGAGGAGGUGAACUGCAGGGGACGGAAGGUUCAGCUCAUCCGGAUCAGAAACCCGUGGGGAACGGUUGAGUGGAACGGGCCCUGGAGCGACAGCUCCAAGGAGUGGAGUCAGGUGGACAAGGCAGAUAAAGAUCGCAUCCUGAAACACUCAGAUGACGGGGAAUUCUGGAUGGAGUUCGAGGACUUCAAGAGCAACUACGACAAGGUGGAGAUCUGCAACCUCACCCCGGACUCCCUGGUGGAGAACACGCCGCACCACUGGGAGGUCAGCUGGUUCGAGGGGAAAUGGAUUCGCGGCUCCACCGCUGGAGGCUGCCGCAACUACAUCGACACCUUCUGGACCAACCCACAGUUCAAGCUGACGCUGGAGGACACGGACGACGAUGACGACGUCUGCAGCGUGGUCAUCGCCCUCAUGCAGAAGAACCGGCGACUGCUCAGGAAGGAAGGGAUGGACAUGGAGACCAUCGGGUUCGCCGUGUACGAGGCCCCAGACGACGUGGACCAACUUGGGAAGGACUUCUUCCGCUACAACGGCUCCAAGGCCCGGAGCCGGACCUACGUCAACGUGCGCGAGGUGUCGGAGCGCUUCACCCUCCCGCCCGGGAAGUACCUGGUGGUGCCCACUACCUUCCAGCCGCACCACGAAGCAGACUUCCUCAUCCGCGUCUUCUCUGAGAAGAAGGCCACGGCACUGGAGAUGGGGAGCGAAGUAGAUGCUGACCUGCCUGAUCCCCCCAUGCCCAGCUCCCCAGAUGAGGAGACGGAGGAGGAGAAGGGAUUGAGGAGACUGUUCGACCAGCUGUCCGGCUCGGACCAGGCCAUCUCUGCCAGGGAGCUUCAGCAGAUGCUGAACGGGGUCCUGAGCCGAAGGAAAGAGGUCAAGUUCGACGGUCUGACUCUCAACACCUGCCACAGCAUCAUCAACCUGAUGGACGUGGACAACACUGGCCAGCUGGAGUUCCAGGAGUUCAAAGUGUUCUGGGAGAAGAUGAAGAAGUGGAUUAUGCUGUUCUUGUCCUUCGACACUGACCGCUCGGGGAAGAUGUCCUCCUAUGAGCUCCGCAUCGCCCUGAAGGCCGCAGGCAUGCAGCUGAACAGCAAACUCCUGCAGCUUCUGGGGCUGAGGUUCGCAGACGAAAACUUCGACAUCGACUUUGACGACUACCUGACGUGCAUCGUUCGUCUUGAGAACAUGUUCAGAGUUUUCCAGGGUUUGGACACGAAGAAGAGUGGGAAGGUGAACAUGAACAUAAUGCAGUUCUUGAUGAUGUCCAUGAACGUCUGAGGGAGCUACUGAACACUUUUUACCAGAAGCUAUGAAGAACAAAAAAGCGCCCGAUGGUGCUGGAGUGCAAUAUGGGACAUGUGUGAACUGGGGUCUGGGGUCUUUUCAUAAUUAGGACUGUCUUUCGGUUUCCUUUUUUUUUCCUAUCGUUUACAUAUACUUUGAAAUACAAUGGGGUUAAUGAAGAAUCUGAUGGGUCUUAUCAGACGGAGAUGGCUUUGCUUCCGUUGUGCUUUAUAAGAAUGAACCAAUAAAGACGUUUGACAAAAAUUCAAAAGAAAUCUUGUGUGUGACUGACUUGAUCUAAAUA